AUGGGCAAUCACCAAUCCCAGGCAAAACCACCAACAAAAGAUGAAAUUGCUAAGCUUUCAGCAUCAACACAUUUCUCUCCGGAAGAGAUAAUGAAGCUUUACUCCAGCUUCAAAGAAGUCUCUGCAACAACGACUGCUGAUGGUAACAUUGAUGUCAAUGAGUUCGCUUUAAUGCUUGGCAUCAAUAACAUUCAAUUCGCUGGUAAAAUUUUCAGUGCCUUUGAUGAAAAUCCAGAUCAAUUACUUGAUUUCCAUGAAUACGUUAAAGGACUUUCAAUGGCUUCUCAACGAGCUACUCUCGAAGAAAAGGCUUCUUUCGUUUUUAAUGUUUAUGAUGCCGAUAGAAGCGGAAAGAUUUCUCGUCAAGAGUUAACAGAUGUCAUGACAUUAUCACUUAGCGAAAACAAUGGAGUCAAGAUAUCGCCAACGUCCCUUAAUCGUAUUAUUACAGCUACAAUUCAAAGCAUGGAUGAAAAUGGAGACGGAGAAAUUUCUCUUGCUGAAUUCAUUACGACAGCAAGAAAGAAUCCAGCCAUCCUUAAUUGUGUUUCUAUUGAUAUCGAUCAUUUAUUGAAGUAUUAA